AUGACGUCGGCCAUGUCGCGAAGAAGGACUCGCGGGCCCGAGGGCAUGCUCAAGCAACGGCUGGCAGAGGCAGAGGCCGCCCGCGACAAGGCCCUCGACAAGGUCGUGGCCCUCAACAGAGCCCAUCGCGCCGCUCUGGACGAGGCUACCGAGGAGAAGGCCGUGCUUGUCCUUCGCGUACAGGAGCUCGAAGCUGAUGCUGCUGCCGCUUCUGCCACUUACGAUGCCCUCAUUUCACUGGCUCUCGAGAUCGAGCUCCGCAACUCAUCGUUACUGGCACAGGCCGAGUCGGCACGAAAGGCUGCCGAGAGCAGCGCGGCCGAGCGUAUCGACGAGUUGGGUGUCAAGAUCUCGGCGCUCGAGCUGCAGCUUGCCGAGUCGAAGCAGACGGUCUUGGCACUCCGGGGCGAGAUGGGGAGCCAGAACGAGGCAGUGUGGGAGCUGCGCGCUGUCGCCGACAAGGCGCGCGCAGCGGCCGAGGAGGCCGGCGCUGACGCCGACGCUCGGACUACCAAGGCGCAGCGGACCAUCGAUGCGCUCUCGACCGCUAACUCGCGGCUUCGUGCCGAGCUCCGUGAUGCCCGCGGGGCGCUGCAACAAGCUGAGACCCGGAUCACCGAACUGGCCCGGCUCGAGACCCACGUGGCAAACAUCAAGGCUGACCACGCGGUCGAGCUCGAAAAGAUCCGGCAGCAGGCCGAGUGGGAGGUCCGCGCCGCAAAGUCGGCCAACGACCGCUGCAUCGCGCUCACCAUGGAGCGCGAUGCCCUGCUAGGCAAGCUCUCCGCCGAGCAGGCCAAGGUCGAGUCGUACCGGACCAACGCGUCGGUGGUCAAGCUUCAGCGAGCAGAAGCUGCCGCCGCCCGUCUCCAGUCGGCACUCGCCGACCUCCGCUCCGAGAAUUCGGCCAUGCACCUCAAGGUUCGUGCUCUGCAGCGCAAGCUCGCCACCGCUGCCGACCGCUCCGACGAUCUGCAGCGGAAGCUUGCCAACAAGCAGGCCGAGCUCGACGUGUACGUCGGCAAGAAGACCAUGAUUCCCGGCGGUGCCCGCCAGAGCCCAGGCCGACCGGGCAGCCCGGCGGUGGCCGGCACACCUGGCCCAUCGGCCUCGCUCCCGUCCGGCAGCACCUCACUCGGCCUCACCACACCAGCGCAGGACGUGAGCACAGUGCCCGGUCAUGUCGAGGCGUACAAGACCAAGCUUCGCGAACGCGACGCCACCAUCCUCGAGCUCCGCGAAAAAGUACGCGCGUUGAUGGGCAAGGACCACGCCCGGCGCGUCGCCGCAAAGUCGUUCGAGCUCGAGCGUGCGGCGUACCUCAAAGAGAUCGGCCAGCUCCGUCGGCAAGCUGGAGAGCUCUCGGCGUCGUGGGCCGGGGGUGCGUCGGCCGCACACGGCUCGUCAGCAAGUUCGUCGCUGUACAUGGAGCCGCAGUCUGAGGCCACCGUCAUGCAGCUUCGGGCCCGAAACCGGAUGCUUGAAGCCCAGGUCGCCGAGCUGCACAACGUCAAGGCCAUGAUGGCCAACACCUCGGCGGCCUACACCCGCCUCCUCGCCAUCGUCGAGUCGCUCGGCGUCAACAAGCUCGCGCUUGAGCAGGUCAAGAACUAUGUUGCCUCUGGCGAUGCUGCUGACCUUUCGGGCGCCCUUUUACGCUCGGGCGCUCGUUUCGAUGCCCCCCGUGCCGCGGCCUCGCUCUUCUCAACCUCGCCUGCCCCCGAAGUCCAGCGCCAGCGGCUUAACGCAUCCCUCGCUGACGAGCCCCGAAGCUCGCCGGCGUCGCCGAUCACUCCGCUCACCACUCUUCAUGCCCGCUACGUCGACGUGGACGGCGCCUCGCCGCAGCUGAUGUCAUCGGCCGCCUCGCCGUCUCGGCCGCGCUCAUCGCUUGGCCUCCACUCGGACUCACCGUUGCCGUAUCGGCCGGGCUCUGUCGGCUCGAACAGGUCUGUCCUCCGGGUGGGCGCGAUGCUGUGACACUGUCGCAAGCUCGCACAAGUAACACCAACAGUUCAAUACCGGA